AUGGAGGUUCCGGCCAAAUUGCCCUUCUCAAAGCGGCGGUUGCGACCGCGUGUGGUGAUUUCGUGGGUUUUCCCCUCGCUUCCCCGCGAAAUGUGGCGCCCACUAACCUUCGCCCUCUCCAACCAGCUACAUCUUCGACUAUGUGAUCCUCAUCUAUGCGAUCGCAAUAGUGUCUGUGUGAUCGGCUUCUGGGUCCUCGAUUCCAUCGAACCAUACCACCAACACUUUUCUCUCGAGAACAAAUCCCUCCAGUAUCCCUACGCCGUGCACGAACGAAUCCCCAUUGUAUACGCCCUCUGCAUCUCCGGACUCUUCCCGCUCGUCCUGAUUAUCGUCUAUACCCUCUUCAUCGAUGGACUGUUUUCGCACCACAAGCCCCAGGACCUGUCCGGGAAGCGCAGAACCCGGGGUCCCUGGCGAUGGAAGGACCGUCUAUGGGAGAUGAACUGCGGCAUCCUUGGAUUGCUGUUGUCUCAAGGACUGGCCUUUGUGGUCACCCAGGUUCUCAAGAAUGCCUGCGGCAAACCUCGUCCCGACCUGAUCGACCGCUGCCAGCCUCGCGGCGGCAGCCACGACCUCUCCCCAUACGGCCUGUCCAACUCAACCAUCUGCACGGGACAGGCGUCUCUCAUCAAGGAUGGGUUUCGUUCAUGGCCUUCAGGUCAUAGUAGCUGUGAGUCUUCUUUGGAAGCUGCUUCCCCCUUUCCCACCCCCCACCCCCCACAUUCCUGGGUUUCCCUCCCGCACUCGACAGAUACAGAUACUGACAAAUAUAUGGUGAAAAUAGCCUCCUUUGCCGGAUUGUUCUACACUUCCCUGUGGCUGGGCGGCAAGCUCCACAUUAUGGACAACCGCGGCGAGACAUGGAAGACGCUUUUGUGCACGAUCCCCAUCCUUGCGGCGACCCUUGUUGCCGUGUCUCGGAUCAUGGAUGCACGCCACCACCCGUUCGAUGUUAUCACCGGGUCGCUCCUAGGGGUUGCCUGCGCGAUAGUCUCCUACCGCCAGUAUUUCCCUCCGCUGAGCGAGGCAUGGCGCAAGGGCCGAGCAUACCCAAUCCGCACCUGGGGCACCGAGCCCCCUCGACCUGUCGGCGGCCAAUUGACAGCGCUCCGUAGUAACAGUACGAAACACCUCCGCAACUCCGAGGAAGACCGGCUACAACCGUCCGAUGAUCAUGAGCGUUCCGUUUCCCCCUCGAGUCGGGCCGGACCGGGUUUCACGGGACACACCGACCCAACGAAUCCAUUCACUUCGCAGGUGUAUCCCCGUCGCCCGCACGACCAUGAUCCGGAUGGCAACUGGUCGUCGAGUGAGGAUGGCUCCGGCGACGCAUUUGAGAUGCAGCGGGGGUUUGACAUGCAACAGGGGUAUGCGAUGCCCCGGGACUCGAGUGUCAGUCGCUACUCGGUCCCACACCAGACGAAUACUGCGUAUCAGUCUCAGGCUUAUCCGGCCGCAAGCGCCCGAGUUCCCCCACCUCCCGAGGUGGUCCUGAAUCAUGAGCGCGGACGACAGCUGAGCGAGACGCCGCUUCCGAUUUGA